CCGCCCGUCAGCAAUAGUCACCAGCUGUUAAUCUCUCACUUCAAUAUUUUAUAUCAAACUAUCAUCAUGCAUUGUUCCAGGCUACUUACUUUUAAUUAAUAAUCUUUUGAUCUGUUUGGAUUGAAACUGAGGAAUCAGCACAUUAAUUCACUUGUCUAUCCCAAACCUUUCACCAUGCUUGGUCAGUUCCCUCCUGGUGAGCCCUAUAAAGCCCAGUCCAACACACCAUCCUGGAGCCUAGCACCCCACCCUCAGCCCUUCCACUUUCGCUCACGCACUGAACCCGUAGACUGGAGGUGUCUCGCUGCCCUUGAUGUGGACCGGGUAGCGCAGGAAAUGAAUGUCCGUGUGCUGCAGGAUUUCAUUACGACUGUAACUUUCUGUGACGUGGUGGGUGAGCGUUGUCCGAACUGCCGUGGGCCUGCUGAUCCUUCUUUGAUCAAACUUCUCCGUAUGUCUCAGCUGAGCACUGAGUACCUGCUCCACUGUCAGGACUAUCUGAGUGCUCGGCUGUCAGAAUUGGAGGAGCGUCUGCAGGGGGAGCUCUCUCAGGCCCAGCUAGAGGGAGAACAACGAGUAGAGCUAGAGAAAAAACUGCAGGAAACCAAGGUGGAGAUGCGACAAAAAAAGAAGUUGAUCGCCACUCAACAGCUCCUCCUACAGGCCAGCACUAAUAAUUAUAACAAGUGCCAGUUCUGUGAAAAAUCAUUUGUUAAUUACUCCUACUUGCAAGCACAUGUUCAGCGACGACAUCCUGAGGUCACAGAUGCAGAGAGGCAGAAGAAGAAGCAGGUCAAACAGAUGGAGGAUGGAAUAGAAGAGUUGAAGGAGAGACUGAGAGUGACACACAUGCAGCUACAGGCAGAGAGAGAAACUGACAGUUUUAGGCGACAGCAGGAGCAAGAGGAGCAGCGAAGAAGAGAACAGUCGGAUAAUAAAGCACUGGACAAAUGGAAAGAGGAGGAAAGGAGAACAUUUCAGCAGGAAAUUGGGGAGCUGAGACGUCUCUUUCUCCAGGAGUCUAAAGAUAUGGCAAGCAAGAGCUCAUCCAUAGAGGCUAAAAUGCUGGAGUUGCAAAAAAGAGAGGUAGAUGUAUUUAACAAUGUUUACAAGAACAGAAGUUUUCAAGAAGAGAGUGACCAUGAGAAAGAAAGAAGAGAAAACCGAGAGAGAGAGCUGAAAGAGAGAAUGGUCCAGAAGAAAAAUGAAUGGAGGAAUACGUUUCUGGAAGCACAGAACAGGCACCAGCAGGAGAAAGAGGAGCUGCAGAGUGAGAAUGCCAGGCUUCUGACGGCCUUGUCUGUGGAGCAAAACUCUGGCUCCAGUCUACAGAGACUCCAACAACAGGUUGUUUCUCUCUCCUCUCAGAUGAGACAGAAGGACAGACUCAUCAAAUCUCAGGAGUCGAAGAUAAAAAAAUUGUCAAUCAUGCCAGUCACAGUUCCAGUGGUUUCUCAAAAUGCCCAAGAUUCUCCUGAGGAAAAAGAGGAAGAAGAUGGAGAGAGCCUGGAGGACUCAGCCCAGGGGAAAAUUCUAGAGUCAUUUACUGGAAUCCCAGAGCUGAUGAGAGAGUUUAGAACCAUCGUAGAAGAACUGCUGGAUAAAAAACUGGAGAAUAUGGGACUGCGUAAGGGUACCAAAGGCAUCUCGAAGCAAACCUUUAAGAGUUUGAGUGCUUUGUUGAAUGGUCAGCGGUUGCAGAGGUCCAGACAGCACCAAGACCUUAAGAACCUUAGGGACAACCUGGCACAUGAGGCCACCAAGCGAGUGAAAGGCCUACAGAAGAGCCCGGGGAAAUCGCCCAGCUCUUUGAAUCAGAGAGGCAAGAAUAAUUCAACCCCAGUGAAGGACAAAAGGCUCAGAUCCAGCUCAAAGCCAUCCACUGAGAGAGCCAAUACCCAGCAGUCACAAGCACUUACUCCAACACCCACACCACGCUCCAGAGCACCUCCUCAGGUUCAGACUCCUGCAACAUGGCCAAAAAAGAAUAGCACACCUCCUUUCAGUUCAGAGGAGGAAGAGUCAGUUGAGGACAGUGCCUAUAUCACCAGCUCUCGGGGCAAACCCUCCCCUUCAGUGCGACUUGACCAGUCAAGAUCACUGCUGAACCCAAUUGCUGAGCUUGACUGGUCAGAAAGUGAGCUUUCAGAGGCAUCAGGCUCCCCCAAACAACACAAAGCUCCUAGUCCACAUGGUUCUGUUGUCCAAAUACUGACAAGAAGCUUGGAAAGACAGAUAAGCACACCAGUCAAUAAGCCUGUGGGUGGAACUAGAGUUUUUCCACCACCUUUCAAUCCCUCCCAUUGCCCCACCAUUGUAAAGCAGCGAGCGCUAUCUGAUGAGGACAGUGAUUUGGAGCUGUCCUCCAUAGAGGAGCUCACAUCCCCCCCAGCAGGUGUGCAGAGGAGCUCAGAGGUGGGCAGGACCUCGGGGACUAGCGUGUGGAGCUCUGCAGCCAGAAAAGCAGGAGCAUGGUGAAGUGU